AUGGAGGAAUCAGUGAGGAGACCGAAAACCUGGGAAGAGCUUAAAGAGCAGUACGGAGGGCUAGAUAUACAGCUGGCCGAAAACUGCGUUGAAUACGCACUCUUCCUCUUGACAGAAUAUCCAAACGGAGGAGGCGCACGAAAGCACCUCGCCACGCUCGAAACCAUUAGGAAGGCUGCGCUUGAGUUAUCGGCAAAACUAACAAAGGAUUUUAUCUGGCAAAGGGAAGAAUUCACACUCAGUAUAAAACAUGACGCCGGUCUAAUAUAUCUACACGGUGUUUCCGACUACGGAGAUUCUGUUGAAGAUGAAUGGUUGGUCGUCUAUAUCCUCCGAGAAAUCUCCAAGCUGUACCCUCAGGCAUGGAUCCGUGUGUGGGAUGCGGAUGGGGAAUUUCUCCUAGUAGAAGCCGCCAAUGUGACGCCAAAAUGGCUAAGUCCUACCAUGGAUCAGAACAGAUCGUGGAUCCAUAACGGAAGGCUAUACAUCAUUCCUCCGGACAAAAGCGCCUCUUACAUUCCAGGGCCGUUGACCCUUUCUGAUGCUCUUACGAACAUAAAGGCCAACCCGGAUUCCCUUUUCCAUUCGCCUCGAGUAGAGAAAGAGGCCUUCUACCGACUAGAAAAGUACCCCCGCUACAUUACCCUUUCUCUUCACCAUGCUAGAGUAAGGAUCCCAAGAAAGCUAGCAUAUCUGUUGCAUGAGCAACCCAAAGCAGUCGCCCCCGCUGUGGAGAAAUUCUAUCUUCGCGAUGCGGUGGGCUUGAAGAGCAUCAUGUUAGAUUCUAGCUCUCUACACUUUCCACCAGAAGAUUUUGUUACCGUUAGUGUCCGCUUCACCAGAGUUCUCUAUGCUCAACUAUACUCUCAGCGAUUUGAACCACCGCCUCGAUGGAAGGCCGUCUUGGAGAGGGCUAUUGGAAAAUCGCCCGCGGCACGAGUCACAGCUGCCGACUCCAAGUUACGUCUCCAAGCUGAGAUAGGUAUGAAGCUGACCUGCGGCUUCGAGCUGAUGGUGAAUAAAGCUAGCAAAAGCAAUAGUCGGGUGGUCAGGGAAGUGUCUCUCCUUCUCCAGGAUGUCGAAGAAGAUGGGCCCGAGUCCCUUCCGACGGACGAAGAAAUCAAGUCAUGGAAAGACGUUGAUAGGGAUGACGACGAUAGCUGGAUGGAUGUGGAUUUCGGAGAAUUGGAGAAGGAGCUCGGGGGAAGUCGGGGAGCCGACCAAGGAUCAACCUCUAAACGAGGCUUUGGCGAUCUAAACGCGCAAGACGAUCUACGGAAGAUCGUAUCACGAUUUGAAGACUUUUUGAAUGACGAAGCCGCGGGCGUGGAGGGAGCAGAAUUUGAUGAGGAGGAGUCAAGUUCUGAAGAGGAUGGCGAAGGCGAAAUAGUGAGUGAAGAGGAGGAUCGAGACGUAAGCCUAGACGAAAAAGAGUUUACCCGCUUGAUGAAGGAGGUGAUGGGCCUAUCUUCCGAGGCGGUAAAGGGCAAAUCGGUCCAACCCCAACCUACAGAAGCUGGCGGUGACAACUUCGACAUGGAGGAGAUUCAAAAACUGACGGAAGGCAUGGAGGCCGAGCUAAAGGAACAUGGAGCUCUCUCACUAGACCUAGCUCCAAAGAAACGUGCAGUCCUUAAGGGCAAGAAGGAUAGCGAUGAUCGCGAAGGCUCUGUCGAGGAGAGUGGUGACGAUGAAGAGAUAAACGUGGACUACAAUCUAGCCAAAAAUAUUUUAGAAAGCUUCAAAGGACAGGCAGGGACUGCGGGUCCAGUGAGCAACAUCCUGGGGAUGAUGGGAAUUCAGCUACCCCGAGACGAGGAAGAUGAUAGCACAAGUGAUGGGGAAGGGUAUCCGACGAAUCAAGGGAAGCAUCAAAGUGGCUCCUAA